GAAGUUGAUGAGGGUCUGUUGUCUGCCUUUCGCCGCUUCGAGCAACAAGGAGGGAAUCCACUUUUCCGAGCAGAAUUUACACCAGUGGGAAGAAAUAGAUCGUUUCAUGGCAUUGUAGACCAAAAGAAAUAUAGGCUUACUUUACAACAACUACGAGAUGCGCAAGAUGAACCACUAGGGGAAGCCAUCACCGAAGCUUUAAUUCAAGGGUUGCAGCGGGUGGUGGAAAACGAGGGUUUCAACGUCCAGGAUUAUUCUUUGCUAGUCUCUGUCCAUUCAAACUCACUCACUCAUGUCUGGUCACAAUCUGCCCGAAAUGUCCCUUUAGAAGAAUGGUUGUCUAAUGGGGCUUACACCCGCGCCUGGCUGGAAGAUUUAGCCAAAAAAUUGAAUUCAGCUGAAGUCAUGGACCCCCAACGAGAUGGCUUUUAUGUCGAACUCACCUUUGUGAAACGGUUAGGUUGUGGAGGAGAGAACGGGGGUAAAAAAACCAAUCCUGGCCGCCAUGCGUGGGAGAAAUUGGCUAAGAAAAAGAGCUGUGUUGUGACCAUCCAAAAUAAAGACAACAUAUGUCUCACCCGGACAAUUGUGACGAUGAAGGAGAGGGUGGACAAUGGCUCCCAGUAUCAGAAUCUAAGGAAGGGAAGACCCAUUCAAGAACGAUUGGCCAAAAUGUUGCAUCGAAAAGCGGGUGUUCCCGGAGGCCCCUGUGGGUUUGAAGAAUUGGAAAAAUUUCAAGACUUUCUAGGACCACAGGGAUACCAACUUAUUGUCGUCGAGCCGUCUAAAUGUUUAAUUGUGUUCAAAGAGGCAAAAUACAAUAACACACCGUAUGUUAUCUCAUUGGUGAAACAUCAAGACCAUUUCGAUGGGUUAACUAGCAUCCCUGCCCUUAUCAAUUGUUCCUAUUAUUGUCGUCUGUGCGAUAAGGGUUAUGAUGUCGAGGGCGCCGCCCACCACAAUUGUUGCGGACAGAACUGCCCCUCCUGUCUUCGAAAAAAUAAGACCUGCCCAAAUUAUGCUAGUGGAUCAAGCCAACCCUUGAAUGUCCAAACUGCAACUGCAAAUUUUAUGGCCAAGAUUGUUUUGAAGCCCACAAAAAGAAAGCAAAGAAGAAAGACGACAAAAGCAUUUGUGAAAGCUGGAGAAAAUGUUUGAAAUGUUCCGCCGAAUUUCAUUUUGAUCCCAACAAGCCGCAUAAGUGUUACCAUGUCACCUGCACUGACUGUGGAGAAUUUAAGCAUGUCAACCAUAGAUGUUUCAUUCAGCCGGUCCAGCCGAAAGAAGACACCACCCAAGAAGACGCAUUUGAAGAUCCCAUGGCAUUUCAAAAUGAGGAUGAUGACCAGAAUGAAGAGAAAGGUCCACCCCCUCCCCCCGUCUUAAAUUUCGCGGAUAUCGAAUGUUCGUUAACUGAAGAAGGAGUAUUUAUACCCAACCUAAUCUGCUGGUCGUCUGAAGAGGAUGACGAGAUCUUUCAUAGUGAUUCCAUCGAGGACUUCCUCCAGGCCCUGGAAGACCUUACAGAAGUGGAAGGAGAUGAAAGACCCCGCAAAGUCAUCACCUCCUUCCAUAACAUGAGAGGCUUUGACGGGAACUUCAUUUUAGAAGCACUGUAUGACCAAGGACGAGCGGUCGAAAAACCUCUAACGCAGGGUGCAAAAAUCCUUUAUUUUGAGUCGGGGAACUUGAUCUUUAAAGACUCGAUGAAUUUCUUUGCCAUGGCACUUGAGAAAUUUCCUGCUACGUUCAAUCUUCGUGAGCUCCACAAAGGUUUUUUCCUCACGCCUUCAACCGUGAAGAAAAUUUUGAGUAUUCUGGCGAGUACCCCCCAAAAGAAGAUUACCAUCCAGACGAAAUGGAUAGUAAGAAGAGAGACAAGUUUCUGGCAUGGCACGCCCGCAAAGUCGCAGAACAAGCAGUGUUCAACUUUCAAGAGGAGCUAUUGAAGUAUUGCGAAAGCGAUGUCAAGCUAUUAAAAGAAGGGUGUUUGAAGUUUGUGGCGGAGUUUGAAGAAAUUGCCGGCUUCAAUCCUCUCGUGGAAGCAGUCACGAUUGCCAGCGCCUGCAAUCUCUUCUGGCGACGAGAAAAAUUGGAGACCGAUCUCAUUGCCUUAGAACCGCAAGGUGGGUGGCGUGGAAACCUCAUCAACCAAAGUAAAAUCGCUUUGGAAUGGCUGUAUUAUCAAGAUCAUCUUUUGGGAGAGAUGGGGCGUGUCCGCCACGUGCGCAAUGGCGGGGAAGUACAAGUCGGCAACCCAGACGAGAUGGUGUACGUGGAUGGCUACGACGAGACCACCCAUACCAUC